UAGAGAGAUGAUGCUGAAACGCUUAUUUAAUUUUCCCGUUCAGAGACGCACGGACGGCUCUCUGGGGGGUUUCCAACUCGAUCACCGACCGCACGGCACCGAGCGGUAGCCUGUAGCCCGCAUUCCGAAUCCUCGACCUAGGAAACGGCGAGAGAGGCUAGCGGGGAGGAAAGAGAGAGAUGGGAUCAGCUUCGUCGGUGUACCGAGUAAUCUACCUGGACGUCGAUGGCAGAAUUCAGAAGGUGGUCUUCAGCAGAUUCUGCAGUCCGUACGAUAUCAAAGAGUUAUUUUACACCGCUCUGGGUAUCCCAAGGAACACCACCUUGUCUCUGCUGGACUCCACAGGAGCCAUGGUGUCCAUCGACCCCACCAUGCCACACAACACCGAGAGGUCACCGUACAGCGUGGUGCCCCUGACUGGUGGACAGCUAGCUGGUGAGUCCUAGUGGGCCAGGGGGUUUUCACACGCUAGCUACGCAAAUAAACACGCAUGGCUGAUAAGCA